ACGCCCAUAAGUGAGCGCGUGCGCCCUGCACGACCCUCGCCGUGCACCGUAAAGGUUUCACUACACCGGUUUUUUUACACAGAGAUGGACGCCGAACAGAUGGGACCUCAGACCUUCCUUUAUGGAUGCGAGCUGAAGCAAGGAAAGGAAGUGACCUUUAACCCCGAGGAUGACGACUUCGAGCAUCAGCUAUCCGUCCGCAUGGCGUGCGUCGAUCCAGCCACCAAAGACGAGCUGAACGUUGUGGAGGUCGAGGGCCAGGACUCCGAGGGUCAGAAGGUUAAAGCCGUGCUUGCCACGCUGAAGCCGUCCACCAUGCCGAGCGUUUGUCUGGGUGGCUUCGAGGUCAGUCCACCUGUUGUUUUCCGCCUGCGUACCGGUUCUGGACCGGUUCAUAUCAGCGGCCAGCACCUCAUCAUGAUGGGCGGAGAUCAGUCUUUUGAUGAAGAAGAUGAUGAGGAGGAGGAGGAUAUCAGAACAGCUGUGAAGAGAGGAGCACAGAGUAUUACGAAGCCAUCAAAAAAAAUGAAGAUGGAGGAUGAUGAUGAUGAGGAAGAUGAUGACGAUGAAGAGGAUGAGGAUGAAGAUGAUGAGGAGGAGGAAGAGAGUGAAGAGGAAACGCCUGUGAAGGCCAAAAAGCCAGCAGCCAAACCACAGACUCCUGCUCAGAACGGCAAAUCCAACACACCAGCGGCCAAACAGCCCAAAACACCAGACACCGGAAAGAAGAAUGAGAAGAAACCACGGACCCCCAAAACACCCAAAUCUCCACAAGCACCUCUUAGCGUCCCUGAGAUCAAGGCCAAGAUGACGGCUAGCGUGGAAAAGGGUGUGACGCUGCCCAAACUUGAGGCCAAGUUCGAAAACUAUGUCAAGAACGGCUUCAAAGUAACUGAUCCAAAGGUGAUUAGCGAGCUGUGGCAGUGGAGACAGACAAAAAACUAAUCAACAUUUUACACGGUUAAAUUAUGUCUUGAUUGUUUUUCUUUUUUUUUAUUUCACCCUCCUGAGUCUUUCUGCAUGAUAUCCGUGCCAUUCCUUUUAAAAUUUCAUUUAAUAGUCACUUUAUUCCGCCCGUCUUGCUUGUUUAUCCUGAUCCGGACCUGCCGCCGAGACACAACCGUUCCACCUCUCCAGGAGGAGCUUCAGAAGACGUCUGGUUUUUUUUGUUUUUUUUUUUUUAAAUCAAGGUUUCAGUUAUGUUCAGAAACUCCAGCUAGAUUUUUCUCUCCUCUGGAAGGACACGAGUGCUUUUGAUCUGUACAUUUUAUCAUGGUUGCAGCUAAGGGACAUCAUUUCUGAACAUUUCUACACCGUGUAAGAGGAAGAGUAUGAAGAUUUACUAAUGUACUCUAAAGUAGCGCAGGUUGUAUGUUUAACUCUGAGGAAAAAGCCUUCUCUCCCCCCUGAGUUCAGGAAACUAAAUGACUGAAACUUGUCUUGUGCUUUUGCAAAGAAACCAAUUUUACUGCACACAAAUAAAGCUUUUUUUUGGAAGAAA